UUUUAAAUUUAGCCGGUAUUUUUACUUAACUUCAAAUUUUGUAAAAUUAUAUUGCCAAUUUUUAUACGUGCUCAUGUUCUGGCGUUCUUCACUUUAUCUCUCCUUUCGUCCAAUACUGAAUGACUUUUUGCAAUAUAGAUUCUAUGCAACUUUACAAAAAAAUCCAAAAAUCUUUCCUAGUGCCGCUGAUGCCAUUCGUGAUAUUCCAAGUGGAGCAACUCUUUUAGUUGGAGGCUUCGGUCUUUGUGGAAUCCCUGAAAACCUUAUUUCUGCACUUGUGAAUAGCCGUGUUGACAGUUUAGUCUGUGUAAGUAACAAUGCUGGAGUUGACGAUUUUGGACUUGGAUUGCUGUUAAAGUCAGGCCAAGUACGGAGAAUGAUUUCCUCUUAUGUUGGGGAAAAUGCUGAGUUUGCAAGGCAAUAUUUGGCUGGAGAAUUAGAAUUGGAGUUUACACCACAAGGUAAAGAGAGUUUGAUACGUGCUGGGGGUGCCGGAAUUCCUGCAUUUUAUACACCAACUGGUUAUGGGACACUUAUCCAGACGGGUGGAGCUCCAAUUAAAUAUAGUUCCACAGAAAAAGGGAAAGUUGAAUUGGCUAGUGGAUCAAAAGAGACAAGAACUUUUAAUGGAAUUAAUUAUGUUUUGGAAAAUGCAAUUCGUGGCGAUUUCUCUUUAAUAAAGGCUUGGAAGGCUGAUAAACUUGGAAAUCUUGUCUUCAAGUAUUUUUUAAAUUUUUAUUUUCUCAAUUAA